AUGAUCGCCGAGGCGUGGGACGCGGCGGCGGCCGCGUGUGCCGCGCAGCACAAAGGGGCCGUGGACGACGCAUGGACGUGUUUGGUUGCGGUGUUUGAUCCCCGCGAGCCGGCGCAGCUUUCGGUGCGGCAAAGUGCGCCGAUCCAGGCGGCCGUCGCAUCGGUGGGCCAGAGCCCUGCGGAGGCUGCAGCGUGGUACGUCGACCUGUGUGAAGAGGCGUAUGCGAAAUACUGCGCGACGGCGCUGGAGCCGCUCGCUGCCGGCGCCAAUGGGCAGGAGCAUGUGCCUGGCGCGAUCCACGCGUGCUUUGCGUGGCUCUGCGAGCGGUACGCCAUGCUAGGUGGUGCGGAGCACGGGGGACUGUGCCUGCCCGAGGCCGGCGCUCCGCUGCUUCUGCGGUGCCAGACGCAGUUUACGCUCGCAAUGCACGGCGCAAGGCUCGAGGCGCUCCCGGCCUACUUUGGCCAUGUACUCCGCGAGACGCAUGGCACGAUCCUUGCGGACCCAUCUGGCGUGCAGGUCGCCGCGCAGCUGCGUGUGCUCGGGCUUGCGACGCUUGUGCAGGGUAUGCUAACGUCGACGGCAACGCGCCUCCUGGAGAACGCCGUGCGGAGAGAAACGGGCGCAAGCACGGUGCGCCUCGCGCAGACGCUGCAGUACGCCGCCUUUCCGGCGAUGCACGAUAUGUUGCAGCACCAGCUCAUGCCGGCGCUUACGGCGCUGCUGGAUGCGCGGCCACACGGCCUGCCGCUCGCCGAUGAGGCGCCGCGCGACGUGUGGGAUGUGAGCGUGUCGCAUAUCCACGACGAGUCGAUGCGCACGGUCGCGCCUGCGCCUGACCACGAGUCGCUGUACCUGCGCCUCGAGUACGGGCUGUCGCGCGCGCUCGGCCAUGUGCGGCUGGCGCAGCUGUACGAAAUUGUGGGAAUGUAUCCCAGGAGCCGUGGGGCGCUGGGCGAUCUCAUGGCGUGGCUCGAAAAGUCUGACGAGCGCGUAAACAUUGCCGAGGCGUUCUCUGCAACCCUCAAAGCACGCCUGCUGCACCCCGGUGUGGACACGCAUGCGAUCCUCGUGUACUAUGUGAAUAUUGUCUAUGCGCUGCGCCUCGUCGAUACCUCGGGUGUGAUUUUGUCGCAGGUGCUGCCGCCCGUGCAGCGGUACCUGCGUACGCGCCCUGAUACCAUCCAUGCCGUCGUGUCGGCGCUGCUCGGCGACGACCCCUCCUUCCAGCUCUUGCGUAUGGAGCUCGCGAGCGCCGGCGCGUCGCUCACGACGAGCCAUGCGCGCGCCCAGGAGGACGAAGAGGCGCAGGCACGGCCCGAGUACUGGACGGAUCCGACGUGGGCGCCCCGCCCGGUCGACGCCGGCCCCGAGUUUGGCCAGAUGCGCUCGCGCGACGUGAUCGACCUGCUCGUGUCGAUCUUUGACGACCACGCCGGCUUUAUCCGCGCGCUCGAGCAGCAUACCGCGCACCAGCUCGUGCGCACGCAAGACUACGACACGAGCCGCGUGCAGCGCAACAAUGCCAUCUUUAAGCGGCGCUUUGGCGAGAGUAGUCUGCACCACUGCGACGUGAUGCUCGCGGAUAUCGCGACGUCGGCCGGCCACGACGCGCACUUUCACCGGGCGUGCGACGGGACGCUCGCCGCGACGCCGGCCACGGCCGUGCACCCCCUGGUCAUCUCGCGCCAGUUUUGGCCGGAAAUCGAUACGCGCACCUUUACGCUGCCAAUCCGCCUGGCCGACGCGCUCGACGCAUACGCGCAGCAUUAUGCGCGUGCCGAGCGUAAGCGGCGCGUCAAGUGGCUGCCGCACCUCGGCACGGUCGACGUCGAGGUCGAGAUGAGCGACGGCCGCCGCAUCCAAGCGUCGGUCAGUCCGCUGGAAGCCGCUGUCGCAGAGCUCGUCGCGGGCAUGGGCGUUCCUGCGGAAGCCGGCGCAGAAGACGCGAUCGAGACGGACGAGAGCGACGGCCCGGCGCGGCCCAAGCCGCGUAUCGUCACCGCCGAUAAUGUCGCAUCCGCGCUCGAGAUCGACCGCCAGACGGCGGUCGCCGCGCUCCGCUUCUGGGCGGCGCACGACGUCCUCGCCGAGCUCGCCGCGCCGGCCUCGGGCAGUUUCGCGGUGCAAGAGCGUGCGAUUUCGUAG